GACAUCUGCAACUAUCGCCUACCUGCGGAGCUCACCGUCCGGACCCCACUGCGUUUUUAGCAUUAUUACGGUGUAACGGCGAUCUACCCCGUGUCUCUCGUCACCAGGUUUCCUGUGGAGACGGGUGUGAUUGCAGUUUGGCGGGUGUCAUUUCCUUUGGCUGCUAGAAAAGCACUCUGCGUCGCAGGGGUGCCCGGCCGGGAAGGACCUGCUGGGCGGAGUCUGAACCAUGUCCAUAGGCCGGAGAACAACCCAGAUGACCACAGAACAAGCCUGCGUCCCAUCGUAGGGUCAUGUAGCCCCCGACUGGCCGCCCUCCCCCCCACCCCGGCCCCCGUGUGAGCUUUGCCUCCAAAACACCACGUUUGAUUUGAUUGGCUGCUUCUAACCCAACCGACCAAUGGAGAAGACGGAGGAAGACCUGAACCUGUGCUUCCUGCUGGAGGACGAGAGGAACAUGAUCCUGAGGGUGUUGCAGAAGGACGAGAAGUUGAGGAAACAAGAGGAGAAGAGGAUACGGAGGUUGAAGAAUGAGUUGAUGGAGAUCAAAAUGCGGGGUUCCCGCCCCCCCCAGGAGGCAGGGGGGGAGCGGGAGUGCGCCCGCUGCCUGCGGACCCUGGGCCUCAUCUUCGACCGGGGGGACCUCUGUGAGGACUGCCAACUGCGCGUCUGCAACCAGUGUCGGGUCACGUCUCCCAAAGGCCGUCAGUGGAAGUGCAACGUCUGUGCCAAGAUCAUGGAGCUGAAGGUGGUGACCGGGGAAUGGUUCCACGAGGAGAGAUCCAAACGCUUUGAGCGGCGCACGGUGCUCGGCGAUAUGAUCAAACAGACCAUCCUGAGCAGCCCCUCCGCCACAAAGGACAAGUCUCCAGAGAGAGGCGCCACCCAAGAGAACCAGGUUCCCAUUCAGCCUGAGAGGUCCAAGACCCCCAAGUCCGCCAAAAGCUCCAUACACUCCCUCCUGGAUGGCGCCAAGAGAAAAGGGUUGAGGCUGGACAAGAAAAAGCAUGGAAACAAAGUGAAAGCGGGGAGUCUUCAUUCGCUGCUUGACGAGGACGUUCACAGUGUGCAGAGUGUACAGUCUGACCCCGCCCCGCGCUCACGCAGGGGCAGCGGCCUGGCCCUGGAGCACUCGGGGAGGGCGGUGGUGCCCAACAACCUGCGCCCCGUCACCCCCUCGGACCAGUCGUCUCUACCCGGAGACAGCCACAGAUUCAGGCCGGAUGGUGCUGAAAGCGUUGCCAGUUUCCAGUCCGCUGACAAUGUGUUGGAGAAGCUCCCCAUUGGCCAUCCAAGGGGCGAGUCGGCCCCGCCCACCAUCGCUGUGUCGCGGGCCUCCGGCUCUUCCGACCAUAGUCGCUCAGAGCUGGACCUGUCAGUUCCUGGAUUGGAAGCCAGCGAUGACGGCUUCAGCCUCCAAAGCCGCUCCAUCCCUGGCCUCAACGGAUCGGAGUUUUCGGACGACGCUGAGGAGGAAGACAUUGAUGUGUUGGUGUCUGCAGGCAAAGGGGUCAGCCGACGCCUCAGCAACGCAGUGUCCACGAGCAGCAUAAACAGCAUGAUGAGCAUGUACAGUGAGACCGGUGACUAUGGUAACGCCCGGGUGAGUGGGGAGAUACUGUUGAAGAUCAGCUACAGCUUCAAGACCGGGGCUCUCAACGUGCUGGUGAAAGAGUGCCAGAACCUCGCCACCGGGGACGAGAAGAGGCAGCGCACGGACGCGUACGUCAAGACCUACCUGCUGCCGGACAAGUCCCGCCAGAGCAAGAGGAAGACGGGCAUCAAGUCCAACUCCACCAACCCAGUGUUCAACGAGAACCUGAGGUACACCAUCAGCCACUCCCAGCUGGAGACGCGCACACUGCAGCUGUCUGUGUGGCACCACGACCGCUUCAGACACAACAGCUUCCUGGGAGAGGUGGAGCUCACCUUCGACUCCUGGGAGUUUGACUCCAAUAUAGAGGAGUGGUACGCGCUGCAGCCCAAGGUGGACAACAGUAUUGACUCCUCGAUGCAGUACAAAGGAGAACUCACUGUGGUUCUGAAGUACAUCCCAGCUGAGAAGAACCUCACUCUCCCUCUGGACCAGGUUCAAGUGAACAAGAAGAGCUUCUUGAAAGGCAACAAGACCAGUCGCUUCAUGCUUCCCAAAGGGGGCAUGGUGGAGCUUCUGGUCAAGGAAGCAAAGAACCUCACGGCCGUCAAGUCUGGGGGCACCUCGGACCCCUUCGUCAAGGGAUACCUCCUGCCGGACAGCAACAAGUCCACCAAGCACAAGACGGCGGUGGAGCGGCGCACGGUGAGCCCGCGCUGGAACCACACCUUCACCUACUGCGGCCUGCAGCCCGGCGACCUGGAGAACGUGUGUCUGGAGCUCACCGUCUGGGACAAGGAGGCCCUGGCCAGCAACGUCUUCCUGGGAGGAGUCAGGCUGGGCGCCGGCACUGGCCUCAGCUACGGGAACGAGGUGGACUGGAUGGACUCCUCGGGAGAGGAGCAGCAGCUGUGGCAGCGCAUGAUGGAGAACCCGGAGAUCCCCCAGGAGUGCACUCUGAUGCUGCGCUCUAGCAUGGGGCGUCACCACGACACGUGA